AGUCAGGGGAGAUGUACUGGACGGGAUGAGAGGAGUCUUUCCUUCUCAUCCCAUCUGGUAAGUCUCCCCCGACACCGCAGUUCUGGGUGGUUUUCCCGAAAUCUAUCCCCUUUUCCUAGAUGUCUCCAGUCCUUUUCCUUCACCCCUCUUCCUUCCCCUUCAGCCCUUCUGCCUGAAGAAGGAGCCACUGGCUCCAACAGCUUGCCUAAUUAUAACCUUCUUUUAAGUGUGUGUUCUGCCGCUGCUGGUGAGUAGACUUUUUAUCUAUCCAAUUAAAGUAUUUUAUAUGAAGGGCUCGGAGAGAUAUAGUCAUAAGCCACAACUUUCACGAAAUUGAGUUUUUCAUGUUGCGGCAUUCUUAACAAUGUCUUCUUCACAAUGUGUUUAAAAAGUUCCAUGUUACUGCAACAGAUGGCAGGCUAUGAUGGAGUGCAGUUCUAUGCUGUGCCAUCUGGUGGUAGUUUCAGAAGAUACAUAGUCACAAGCCACAGCAAAAUGGCAGGUGGGUCAGGAACGUCUGAAGCGUCUUCGGGUCUUCAGCGCAUAUUUGACACAGACAGUAGUGGAAGUGAAGAGCUUGACCCUUUGGAUCCUGACAGUGAUGAAUCUUGGCAUCCAUCGAACAGCAGUUUCAGCUCAGAUAAUGUUUCGCUUGAAAUAAGUAGAAUAAAUGAAGAAUCACCCAAAAAACCAAAGCCUUCACGGAAAAGAAAGCGAAAUAUUGAUCAGUGGAAGAAAAAUAAAACAAAACGUCGACGAAAUGCUGGUCAGCAGUAUAAGUCUUUAAAAACCCACAAGACUGUUCAGGCUGCUACUAUAGGAAGUCUCUGUACUUGUUUAAAUAAAUGCUUGACAAAACUGCUUGGAGAGGAAGAAAACAUUUUUCAUUCAUUUUAGGACAUAGGAGACUUUAAUGCCCAGAAUACUUACCUGAUGAGCUGUAUGAAAAUGGAACCGAAAAAGUGGAGCUAUCCAAAAAAGACUUCCAAGAAAAUAUCAUCCAGGGAUGUUACAUUUUCUUAUAAUGUGAGGGUAUGUGGAAUAGAAGUCAUGAUCUGCAAGGAAGCUUUCGUAAGGUUUCAUGGCUUACAGAUACAUGCACGAAGAGUGAGGAAUUUGCAACAUCAAAUGAAGCAGGGAUUUGCAGUGCCAAAAGAAGAUGGAAGAGGAAAACAUGGAAACUACCCACAUAAAUUUCAAGACAAAGCUGUACAAAGUGUUAGAGAAUUCCUCAACGCCAUACCAAAAUAUAACAGUCAUUACAGUAGGCAACAGAACCCCAAUAGAGUGUAUUUGGAUUGUGAUAUCAGCAAGCACUGCUUCCUUAUUUCGAGAUAAAUACUCAGAAUACUGCAAGGAAAAGCAGGUUCCUGCAGUAUCUGAAAGUAAAUUCAGAGAAAUUUUCGUAUCUGAAUUUAACAUAGGCUUCAAACUACCAAAAAGCGACGCCUGUUCAAAAUGUGAUGGAUUUCUAAUUGCAAUAAAUAACUCAGAAUUAUGUGCAGAAGUCACAGAAAAGAAACAACAAUAUGAACUGCAUCUCAAAAAGGCUGACAGAGGACAAAAUAUGAUUGUGUCUUUAACUGCUCUGGCUAAAGAAAAUUCGAAAGAGCAUCAUAUGAUAGCAGUGGAUAUGCAGCAAACGUUCCCCACACCUAAGCUAACAGUUGCUCCAGCAUUUUACAAGAGGAAAAUACGGACAUACAACUAUGGUAUCCAUGACUGUGGAUCAAAUAAGGCUUAUAUGUUUCUGUGGAGCGAGAAAGAUGGAGGACGAGGUUCAGAUGAGGUUGGGAGCUGCUUAUUGAAGUACUUGGAGAUAACUAAUCCUCAGACAAAACAUCUCCACAUAAUCACAGACAACUGCGAGGGUCAGGGAAAGAAUUGGACUAUUAUUGCUUUGGGAAGGUCCCUUGUUGCUACUAAAAGAUUUGAUUCUGUCCAGCAUUACUUCCCUGUGGUAGGUCACACCAUGCUACCUUGCGAUCAUGAUUUUGGUAGCAUUGAACGGUAUGCAAGAAACAGACGUCCAAUAGUGCACACUCCAGAUCAAUGGGCAGAAGUAAUAAAAUCUGCGAGUCCAAAACAUUUCAUUGUAACUAAAAUGGAAAGAGAAGACUUCAGAAGUUUGGAAAGCCUGAAGGCAUUGAUCUCAAAACGUACAGAAUCCACGACUGGAGAUCCCCACCAUUUCAGUGAAGCUACUCAAUUUAAGUUUGAGUCUGAAGAUCCCUUCAAGCUAAGUGUAAAGCACUCUUAUUCAGACAUAGGAGCUUUCAUGUCAGUGGAUAUUCGUGUCAAAAAGAAAGGAAGGAUAGUUGAGCCAAAUCCAUAUCAGCUGCCAAUAAAGUACAGAAAGCCACUACCAAUUAACCAGAAAAAUAUUGAUGAUGUACUGUCUCUUAUGCCAUACAUACCUGCAGCAAAUCAAGAUUUCUUUCGGUCAUGUACUGGAAAUAACGUGUACAAUGAUGAGGUAGAGGAAGUUCCUUGAUGUAACUGUAUCAAUGAAAAAGCAAUUUAUACAUCUCAGAUACCUGCUAUGUAUACAUUAAUGUGUAAAAAUUAUAUAUUCUGCUUGCUGUGUAAGAGUAGUAAAAAUAAAUCCUUACAAAUUCAUA